CAACCGACACACACCAGCACCAACAUCACCCACCACCACCACCAAGAUGCCGGCCGCAUCCCAUCCCCAGGCCAAAUUCGACCCGAUUCCGCCGGAUCUCGAUCUUCAUGCCCUGGUUGAAAAGACGCCAAAUUUCCACUGGGUCCUCCGCGUCUCGGCAGCUCAGAUCCGCAACAUCGGCCCUCAAGAGUUCGAGAGACUCGUCUACCUUCACGUUAUCCGCGGUGGCAAACCGUUGGUCAUUGAGAAAUGGAACGAUCGACUACCCAAGACGCUGUUUAGCGCAGAAUGGCUCGAAGGCACCUAUAACAAGAAACAGGAAAAUGUUCGCGACAUUGUCGCACAAACCGACAUUCCAAUGACCAUGGGCCAUUACCUCCGAUCAAUGAAGCAGUUGACGAACCAGUGGACCCCGAGCAACUUCCGCGAUGAGCGCCGCCAACGCCUCUACCUCAAGGAUAUCGACUGCCCGCCCGAGUGGCAGGAGCGCCUUCAGAAGAUCAUUCCGACGAACCUCUUUUACAUGAACGACAACCUCGACAAAAAGGUUUCGAGGCGCUUCGAUGACUAUGACUACGUGGAGGAAAAGUCCUGCGCACCAGCCGGUGACCUGAUGAGCAGUCUCCCCGAAGAGAUGCGCGCCCAGAACUUGAUGUGCUACGUCGGUCACGAAGGCACAUACACUCCGGCCCAUCGCGAAAUGUGCGCCAGCUUGGGUCAGAACAUCAUGGUAGAUGCAUCCGGAGACGAGAACGGGGAGAAGCCUGGCAGCUCCAUCUGGUUCAUGACCGAGACCAAGGACCGUGAGGUUGUCAGAGAAUACUUCCUCUCCAUUCUGGGACACGACAUUGAGAUUGAGAAGCACUUUGCUCAAAUCAACGCUUGGAAGAAGGCAAAUUUCCCCGUCUACAUAGUGGAGCAGAAGGUGGGCGAUUUUGUUCUGGUCCCUCCUUUGGCUCCCCACCAGGUCUGGAAUCGCGGCACUCGCACCAUCAAGGUUGCGUGGAACAGGACCACGGCGGAAACCCUGGAGAUGGCCUUGCAUGAAGCCCUUCCCAAGGCAAGGCUCGUCUGCCGUGACGAACAGUACAAGAACAAAGCGAUCAUCUACUUCACGCUACAAAAGUAUUACAACCAAAUGAUUGAGAUGGAGCAGAAUGCCGACAUUGGGCUGCUCGGCUUUGGUCAGGAUUUGAUGAAAAACUCUUUCCGCAUGACACAAAUCGCCAAAGACUUCAAGGCCCUUUUCCGCCUGUUCACCGAGAUUUUGGUGGAUGAGAUGUUUGCCACAAAGGAGAAGGAAAUUGAGUAUAUUGAGUUUGACUCCUGCAUUACCUGCUCGUACUGCAGAGCCAACAUCUUCAAUCGCUUCCUCACUUGCAAGCACUGCGUUCGCACCCUGGUUACUGGAGACGAAGACACAUACGAUAUCUGCAUGGAGUGCUACGCCAUGGGACGUUCAUGUCUUUGUGUUUCCAACCUCACUUGGGCCGAGCAGUGGAAGUGGUCUGGCCUGGUGGAUUGUUAUGAAGAGUGGCGCGCUCUGAUCAUUAAGAACGAUGGCUAUGUCGACUACGACACGUCUCCCUUACCACUGGAGUUGGCGAGAAGGAAGUCGGGCAAGAAGUCUGUGGCGCAGAUUUGCCAGGAGCAGCUUCGGAGACGGCCAUGGAAAGAUAUCAGCAAACUCGAUAAGCCUUCGGAGCCCGAAAACUCGGAGCCAGAAGUCGACGAAAAUGGGAAGCCUAAGAAGAAACCACGUCGCAAAAAGAAGAAGGGCGAUGUUUACCGUUGCCAUGUGUGCCAGCAUAAAGACUACACCUACAAGCUCGCAUUCUGUUCGAACCCAGGAUGUUUAGAAGCCUAUUGCUACGGUGUUCUCUACCGAGCGUUCGAUCUCAUGCCCCAGGAAGUCCUGCAAAAUGAGAGAUGGGAGUGCCCUAGGUGCCUCAAGAUCUGCAACUGCGGCGCUUGCCGUAGGCUCAAAAAUGGCAAUGUCCCAUAUCAUCCGAAGAACACGCUGCUUGGACACGAUACUCGCCCUAUCGCUGACGAUCGGAGUGUGGAAACACUUGUCGAUUUCAAGGUACAUAAUCUCAAUUGGCUCAAGACGUCCGGCGACGAUGGCCGCAACGUUCAGAGCAAGAGAUUGCAAAAGCUACAGCAACAGGCCGAAGCCGAGAAGGCCAAGAACGCAGACGUACACAUCCAGGUGCCCGCCCUACCGAGCGGUGAGCAGGCAACGGGAGCUGAAAACAUGGAUGACGCUUUGCAACAAUCCAUUGCCGACGGCUUGGGUGAGGGCCAGGAGAGACCGGAUGUUGAAAUGACUGGUGCAUCUGCCGACCAGCCCAACGUCGCCCAACCAGCAGGUCCCGCCGAGGUUGCAGAUAUGUCGGUUGCUCCCGAGGAUCACGAUCAGUCCGCUUACCCUGAUCCGUCCAUGUUCGGCCAGGAGCGCAUGCUUGGUAUGGGUUAUUACCAGCAGGAUGACGAUAGUCCGGACAAGAUCCUGUUCGACCCUUAUCAAAGACCUACGGCCGAAAAUUAUGUUGUUGACGAAGAACCGGAAUUGAUGCCUGAGUAUUUGAAAAAGCAGCUUCGGUUGGCUAAGCGCAGGGCCCGCCACGCCGAAGAUGACGAUCCUGAUUUUGCUGCACCUCGCUCUCACCAUCGGAAGAAGCCCAAGCUUGACAAGACCUCCCAGCCCCCAGACACGCGGGACGGUCAAGACGACGCUCUCGAGAACAUGGACCCGGCGCUCUUUGAUCAGACGAUGACGGAUGUUGGCGGUGAUAUUAGAGAUGGAUCUGCCCAGGCUGGCGCCUCGCAACCUGCAAACGCCCAACCUGCAGAUGAGGCAGCUGAGGAGUCUCGUCAAGCCCGCAUGUACUCGCCCAACGUACCCACCCUUCGACAUGCAAGGCCCAAGGUAUCUUAUAGAGUUGAUGAGGAUAACGAAGAAGAAUUCAACGACAUUCUCAUCCCUCGCUCGCAGAGACCUGAAUACCGGGCAGCUGCAGCACCAGCCAGUGUCGUGCAGAGUAUCGAAGGACCGACUGGUCCUAAGGAUCCCUUGGAUCUUGCUUCUGCCGCCGUUCUUGCCAUUACCGGCGCCGGAGGUAACCAUAGCAAUGAAGCCUCUCAGGAACUCGGAUCGACUCGUGCCGCUGCUGCUCCGACUGGGCCGCCAAAGCUACGUGGGCCGCAUAAGAAGCGAGGACGUCCUCCCGGUCGGCCACGGAAAUCUGAAGCUCACCACACUGAAGAUGAGGAAUCGCACGAGGCACCAGAACCCACUCGGAGACGCGGGCGUCCCCCACGCGCAUCACUGGCAGCAAAGGAACCCGCGGACAGUGGUCAUAAAUCUGGUGAAGAAAAUGAUGAUGAGGAUAUUGAUGCUCAACUCGCCCAAGAGCUUGAUGGAUUUGACGAGAACGGCGAGGUCGUCGAGCGCGAUGCCGAUGCUCCUCAAGCUCCUAAGAGGAGAGGCCGCCCACCCAAGAAUGGCGUGAAGAAGGUCGUGGUUGAGGUCACUACGAAGGCACCCAUGCUGUCUUUGGCUGAGCGUAUGAAACUCAAGGGCAAGAAAUUCAAGAUCGGCGAGCGUAAGAGCACCGGAGGAACGCCCGGAAAGGUCAUCGCCAAGCCAGUCGACUCGGUCGAGAAGAGUGCCUCUCCUGCGGGUUCUGGAAGGGCUGCACGGGAUGCUGAGAAGGAGACCUCCCUUCCUGUUCGUGAAUCACCCAGGACGACCAGGACCAGGACCACGUCAGCGACUCGCCACACUGUGCAGCCUGCCGAAGAGGAAUCUCAUCACUCCGAGUCUGAACCGGAGGCCGAGCCUGAAAAGGAGAUGGAGAACAAGAAGUCUCCAGAACCACCAGCUCGACGCUCCGCGUCCCAGGCAUCCGUCCGCAUCAGUCCUCCUCGUGACGAGGCUUCACCUAGCAAGUCCCCAGAACGCAGUCCGAGUGUCAGCGCCUCGUCCGAACCCCCAAGUCGCGCGCCCUCCACCGCUGCCGCUCCAUCUGUCACCCGCAUCUCUCCCUCCCCUUCACCAUCACCUGUUCGAUCGCCUUCACCACCUCCUCCCCCACCGAAGCCCGCAGGCCCUACCGUCGUCAGGCUCAUGGACACCGAAGAUGAAGAGUCUGAUUACGGUGGCAGCUACUCGGGAUCCCGUUCGCCUUCUCAGAGAUCUCAGUCAGAGCGGAGUGGAAGCGUGGCAAGUGGUACGGGCUCCGAAGACGAGCCGAGCUCGGACUCGGACUCGGAUGACGAGGAUAUUCCGGCUAGGAAGGAGAGUGUUCGCCAGAGCUUUGCGAGUAGGGGGCGAGGAGGUGGGGUUGGGGUUGUGUCUAGGGGCAGAGGUGGGAUUAGGGGGAGGGGGAGAGGAAGGGGUAGGCCCAGGGGUUCAUAAAGAGAUGUGAGAGGGGAUUAACAGGGGAAAUUUACCAAGGCAAUUCGGGACUAUGUUCCCCGUAAGCGUUUAUUGUCUUGUAAACGAAGGGAAGAUCGUGUAAAGUGGCUUGAGGAUUGGAUGGCUCGAGGAAUGAUGAGAAAUGUUGUUUACUAUAUGUUAUUCGAGUCUUGGGUUUGUUUAUGAAUGAACGGGGGGUUCUUUUGGUGAGCCGAUUUUCUUGUCCGAGGAUGAGGAGGGAAGGAUUAAAAGUCGAUAGCAAUCAUUGUUCAGCUAGUAUCACGGUUGCUUUUUUUGUUGGUUGCUGGUUACCUCCUCUUCUCUUUGCUUCAUUGUACAUUGUAUGAUCAUAUUGGGCAGCAUGUCUGCAGGUACAAAACUCGUACUGUAAU